AGCGCCCGCACCAGCAGCUGCGGGCAUGCGGCGCCACUAGCUCGCGGCCGCAGAUCGGCGCCGGCGGGGUGGCAGCGAUCCAUGAGCAUGAAGCUCCCGGACCCGCACCCGCCGCUGGGGGAAGAGGAGCCGUCCCCGCCGCCGCAGCGCCGGCCGCGCGGCUUCGCCUCGGGGCCCGCGCCGUCGGCCGGGGCGGCGGGGCCGCCGCGGAGACGGGGCGAGCGGGAGCGGGAGCGGGAGAAGGAGCGGACGAAGCUGCGGGAGCGGCACCGGCGCGCCAUCACGAGCCGCAUGCUGGCCGGGCUGCGGCAGCACGGCAACUUCCCGCUCCCCGCCCGCGCCGACAUGAACGACGUCCUCGCCGCCCUCGCCCGCGCCGCCGGAUGGACCGUGCACCCCGAUGGAACCACCUUCCGCUCCUCGAACCAACCACCCCUGCCUCCUCCUCCACAGUUGGGAAUGUUUCAAGUUGCUUCUGGGGAUGCGCCAGCUUUCAUCAACGCCCUGAACAGUUACGCCAUUGGAACACCAUCGUCACUACAAACAGAUGAUUGUCUGUCACCAUCGUCACUAGACUCAGUUGUGGCAGAGCGAAGCAUUAAAACCGAGAACUUUGGGAAUUCCAGUUCGGUCAAUUCUCUCAAUUGUAUGGACAAUAAUCAGUUACUGAGAUCGUCGGCAAUGUUGGCAGGUGAUUACACAAAAACUCCGUAUAUACCAGUUUAUGCCUCUCUGCCUAUGGGCAUUAUCAAUAGCCACUGUCAAUUGGUAGACCCAGAGGGCGUACGUGCUGAACUAAGGCACCUGAAGUCUUUGAACGUGGAUGGGGUUGUUGUUGACUGUUGGUGGGGGAUCGUGGAAGCCUGGAUUCCUCGCAAGUACGAGUGGUCUGGCUACAGGGACCUUUUUGGUAUAAUUAAAGAGUUCAAGCUGAAAGUUCAGGUCGUGUUGUCAUUUCAUGGAUCUGGAGAGACUGGAUCUGGUGAUAUGUUAAUCUCUCUCCCAAAGUGGAUCAUGGAAAUUGCAAAAGAGAACCAGGAUAUAUUUUUCACGGAUCGCGAAGGGAGAAGAAACACAGAAUGCCUUUCCUGGGGGAUUGACAAAGAACGAGUCCUUCGAGGGAGAACUGGCAUUGAGGUGUAUUUUGAUUUUAUGAGGAGCUUCCAUAUGGAAUUCAGAAACCUAUCCGAAGAGGGUCUUAUUUCUGCUAUUGAAAUUGGAUUGGGUGCUUCAGGGGAGCUAAGAUAUCCUUCAUUCCCAGAAAGAAUGGGCUGGAAAUAUCCUGGUAUUGGUGAGUUUCAGUGUUAUGACAGGUACAUGCAAAAGAAUUUACGCCAAUCAGCAUUGUCACGUGGUCAUUUAUUUUGGGCACGUGGACCUGAUAAUGCUGGCUAUUAUAAUUCAAGACCACAUGAAACUGGCUUUUUUUGUGAUGGAGGUGAUUAUGACAGCUACUAUGGACGUUUUUUCCUAAACUGGUAUUCUGCAAUCCUCAUCAAUCACGUGGAUCAGGUUCUCUCGCUUGCUGCUCUUGCAUUUGAUGGAGCAGAAAUAGUUGUGAAGAUUCCAUCUAUCUAUUGGUGGUACAGAACUGCAAGCCAUGCUGCAGAGCUUACAGCGGGAUUCUACAAUCCAACAAACAGAGAUGGAUAUUCUCCGGUUCUGAAAAUGCUCAAGAAGCAUUCUAUAAUUCUUAAGCUUGUUUGUUAUGGGGCAGAGUUUACAGUUCAAGAGAAUGAUGAAGCAUUUGCGGAUCCGGAAGGUUUAACCUGGCAGGUGAUGAAUGCAGCAUGGGAUCAUGGGCUGCCUCUAUGUAUAGAGAGUACACUUCCAUGUCUUGAUGGUGACAUGUACUCUCAAAUCCUUGACACGGCGAAGCCUAGGAAUGAUCCUGAUCGCCACCAUGCAUCGUUCUUUGCAUAUCGUCAGCAGCCUCCAUUCCUUUUGCAGAGAGACGCUUGCUAUCCAGAACUUCGUACAUUUGUCAAGUGUAUGCACGGCGAGGCUCCCCAGAACGGAGAAGAUUGAAUUUCCCUUGGCAACAUAGCUGGCUCAAUAGCGAAACAGAGGAGGUGGUUUCGGAUUUCAGCCAGACACAUUUCAAGUGAAUGGUGGAUAUUCAGAUUCACUGCCUUACUAUUAACACCUAGGUUCUAUUCCAGUUGAUGCCUGCACGUCAGCCAUUUAGGCGUUGUUUACUGGUCAAACUGAGCAGGUGCUGUCGCAGACCUUUUAUAGCCUCUAUGAAAAGAUAGCAUAGCGCAUGCUGUAAUAGUUAUGGAGGAACAUGGGAGUUUGGCAACAUUAUUACAUAUGUCACCAUUGCCUCACUCAGUGAUCUUGGUAUCAAAUGCAAAAGUAAAUCAAGAAGCUGAACCAGUGACCGAGCAGAUUUGCUUGUUGAAGCUAGCUGAACCACUUAGUGUACUGAAGACCUAUGACUUGUCUGAUGCCAGAUGGUAGGCACGAUGGCCCCUGCCACUUAUCCUCUUCAUCCAGCCCAAUCUUUGUGCCCCAUGGAGCCGCUGACUGCUGGACGCCUGGACCCAUAAACACUGCAUCGGAUGGUCGUGGGCGGCAGGUAUGCGCCCUGCAAGUUCAGAGCACGGUGCCGCACCUUUGUGCUUUUCAAUUCUCAAGAACGCUGUGGCAGCUUUUCAGCAUUUGCUGAAGUAUUUGGACACUUUAUUUUCCAGCACUUUAUGGUAAACAUCUACGAGUACCGUGGCAGUAUCUUACACGUAUAUGCAAUGCGACCGUAUAAAUUUGUACGCGCACGUUGAUGUCUCAGUGACAUGUGGCAUGAUGAAUUGUUGUUGAACUGGUUCAGCUCGACGUCUGGGAGAGAACAGCCAAGCCAAAGUCCAGAUGCUGUAUGCAUUUGUCGUCUCACUCACCACAACUACCCAUCAAGUGAAGCGUGUUACGCUUAGCGGAUGCAGAACGUGAAUCAGGUCUGCGAAUCUGAAGAUAUUUUACUUGAGCACCAGCUGCUCCAUCAGAGCCCCAAAUUUUCUACCAAAGAUAACGACAGCACACCAAUUCAAUCUUUAAAAUCCAUCAAAUUUUGAAGCCGGCAAAGUAAACAUUUGUACACAAACCAACGAGUUUUUUUUCAUUCCAUUUAACUUGACAAUCUAGACAGCUGCACAGGCCAAGACAGAGGCGACACCUGCACAGGAUGAAACAGAAGGGGCACAGUAAUCUAGAGGGAAGCCGCAACAUCUCUGAAAGAUAAUUUCCCAUGGAGUCCACAGAUUCGAAUGAAAGGGGAGCGGCUGAGUUGAAAGCUUUUGCAUGGGAGGCAGGGGACCAGGCCUGAUGAGCACGAGCAGCAGCCCAGGCUUUUCAUGCGCUGGAGGCCGAAGGACACCAGCUCGAUCAACACUGAGCACCAGAGCCCACCAUGUUUGAUCGCAGUCGCAGCUGCGUACAGAUUUCCCAUCAAGUACCGCGUCCUUGUCAAGUUUGUCAUGUAUUCCUUCCCUUCCCGCUGGCUGAGCUGCGGCUUUGUACAGUGCCCAGCAGGAUCAUGGUUCAACUGUAACCACAGCUUAUCAAAACGAUUUCAGAA